CUCCCAGGCGGGAACAGAACAGGCGGUGCCCAGGCAGCUGCGGAGCCAUGGACGGCAGCGGGCCUUUCAGCUGCCCCAUCUGCCUGGAACCACUCCGGGAGCCGGUGACACUUCCCUGCGGCCACAACUUCUGCCUCGCCUGCCUGGUUGCGCUCUGGCCGCACCGGAGUGCGGGCAGCACCGGUGGUUCCGGAGGUCCGGCCCGCUGCCCACUGUGCCAGGAGCCUUUCCCCGACGGCCUGCAGCUCCGCAAGAACCACACGCUGUCUGAGCUGCUACAGCUCCGCCAGGGCUCGGGCCCAGGACCCAUGUCCACCCCGGCUUCAGGCCCCGCCCGGGGCGCGACGCCCGAGCCCUCCGCGCCCAGCGCACCCCCUACGGCUCCGGAGCCUUCGGCUCCCCCCGCGCUGCGCGGCCACCGCCUGGUGCCGCCGCUUCGCCGGCUGGAGGAGAGCCUGUGCCCUCGCCACCUGCGCCCGCUGGAGCGCUACUGCCGCGUGGAGAGGGUGUGCCUGUGCGAGACCUGUGCCGCUCAGGAGCAUCGCGGCCACGAGCUGGUGCCGCUGGAGCAGGAGCGCGCGCUUCAGGAGGCCGAGCAGUCCAAAGUCCUGAGUGCUGUGGAGGACCGCAUGGAUGAACUGGGUGCCAGCAUUGCUCAGACCCGCCGAACCGUGGCCCUCAUCAAGAGUGCGGCCUUGGCAGAGCGGGAGAGGGUGAGCCAGAUGUUUGCCGAGGCCACAGCCACCCUACAGAGUUUCCAGACCGAGGUGCUGGGGUUCAUCGAGGAGGGAGAGGCCACAAUGUUGGGCCGCUCCCAGGGUGACCUGCGUAGACAGGAGGAACAGCGCAGCCGCCUGAGCCGGGCACGUCACAACCUCAGUCAGGUUCCAGAAGCUGACUCAGUCAGCUUUCUUCAGGAACUCCUGACACUACGGCUGGCCCUGGAGGAGGGGUGCGGCCCUGGCCCUGGGCCCCCCAGGGAACUCAGCUUCACCAAGUCCUCCCAAGUGGUCAGAACAUUGAGAGACAUCCUGGUCUCAGCCUGCGCCAGCCAGUGGGAGCAGCUGCGGGGGCGGGGCAGCGAUGAGGACGAGCUGCAGAAACAUGGCUCAGAAGCCGAUGUGGACUCCCAGGACCCUGACAGCACCAACCUGCUGGAGAAUGAGCCUCCCAGGGACUAUUUCCUCAAGUUCGCCUACAUCGUGGACCUGGACAGCGACACGGCAGACAAGUUCCUGCAACUGUUCGGAACCAAGGGCGUCAAGAGGGUAUUAUGUCCCAUCAACUACCCGGAGUCGCCCACCCGCUUCACACACUGUGAGCAGGUGCUAGGAGAGGGGGCCCUGGACCGGGGCACCUACUACUGGGAGGUAGAGAUCAUCGAAGGAUGGGUCAGUGUGGGUGUCAUGGCUGAGGGCUUCUCUCCGCAAGAGCCCUAUGACCGGGGCCGCCUGGGCCGAAAUGCACUCUCGUGCUGUCUGCAGUGGAAUGGGCGUGGCUUCUCGGUCUGGUUCUGCGGGCUGGAGGCCCCACUACCUCACGCUUUUUCACCCACGGUUGGGGUCUGCCUGGAGUAUGCGGACCACGCCCUGGCCUUCUAUGCCGUUCGGGACGGAAAAUUGAGCCUUCUUCGGAGGCUUAAAGCCUCUAAGCCACGCCGCAGUGGUGCCCUGGCCUCCCCCACUGACCCUUUCCAGAGUCGCCUGGACAGCCACUUUUCAGGGCUCUUCAACCACAGGCUCAAGCCUGCCUUCUUCCUGGAGAGUGUGGACGCCCACCUGCAGAUUGGGCCACUCAAGAAAUCAUGUAUAUCCGUACUGAAGAGAAGGUGAGGCCGGCCUGUCUCGUCCUGCAGUGGCCUUGCCCGUAUUUCCCGGGAGAAGAAGGAGCCAGCCUCAGAGACCCCCCACACUGCCAACUGCCCCACUUCCAGAGGUCCCUGCCUUGUAUAACUAGACCUUCCACUUUUCAAGACAGGGGUCCCCGGCGGCCCCUUGCAGGACUUGUUUGGGGAGGAGAACUUCAGCUGGGACAACUCCAGACUGCCCCAGCCCUUCUUUUCCAGGUCUCGAGAACUACCUGGCACACAGUAGGUGCUCAAUAAAUGUUUGUGGCAUGCA